AUGAUGUUUCUUUUCCGUGGAUCCUUUUACCACCUAUCUCUUUUCACAGCAUACUUGAGAACUCUUGGGGGCAAAUCUCAGUUUCUCACCAGAGAUCAUAUUCAAAGAAAGGCAAAAAGAGGAGACAAUAACAAUCAACUAGCCAAUCCAGCUGACAUUGAAAGCAGAUGUCAUAAAUAUGGAAAGCGAGUGAGGGAAUGGACUCCUCUAGCUCAUUAUCCCAUUCUAUCCCUGUUCUCUGGAGCGUUAGUUGGCCCGUCUAGUAAGGGGUAUUCUCAGGAGUCUUGGAUUAUGAGGAGACGUUUGCACCAGUAGCCAAGAUGGCGUCUGUACGUACCUUGAUCGCAGUUGCUGCGAUUCGUGGUUGGCAGUUGUUUCAACUUGAUGUGAAGAAUGAAUUUUGAUUUGCAUGAGGAGAUAUAUAUGCAGCCUCCACCGGGUCUAUCUACUCCGUCAUCUAUGGGUUUCCGGCCCUUUAUUCAAUGAGUCGGCGCUUUAUGGUCUCAAACGGGCUCCUCUCGCUUUUCUCGCUUCCAUUCCUCUCCUUUCAGUCAGAGUCAGCCAGGUGCCUAAGGAGUAAGCGCUAAGAAGCUCAUCCCGAGUCUUUGUACCUGCCCUAAGCCAGUUUUUACUGUUUACUUAUCCGGAUUGAUGAGAAAGAAAGCCUUGCUUGAAGCUUUUUUCAGGAAAGUCCGUCUCCUUUCUCCAACAGAAUCAAUGGUAAUGGCAUCGGAUCUAACUCUCCGUUUCCGACUAUUACUAAGAGAAUUUCCUAACCAGACUGCAUAGCUUGAUUCGACUCGGGAUCACAAGAACUCUCUUGAGCGGAUUGUGUCCUUUCCUUCCC